UGUUUACCCUAAUUGUUUGGGAGUCAUCGAACAUACCUCAAAUACUCCACGACAAGUUUGACAAGUUACAACUAUCGUAGUCGGGGGACUGAACUUCAAUACUGUUUGAAGGGAAUUGAGAUGCCUCCUCCCCAUAAACCACUGUGCCGGAACUUCCAGCGUGGAUUCUGUAAAUAUGGUGCAGAAUGCAGGUUUCUACAUGAAAAUCAACAGCAGCAAGCAAAACCAAAUCCUUUUGGAUUCGGUACUGGCACUCAAAACACUACACAAUCUCCGCGUACUGAUCCCCAACCUCAAAAGCCCAAUCCUUUUGGAUUUGGUGUUCAGAACAACUCCCAAACUGGAUCUAAACCUAAUCAAUUCAAGCCUGGUGAAAAUAAGUGGAGCCGAUUUUCCCCAAUAAACGCCCCUAAUUCUUCAGCCCCACAAAAACAAAAUAAUCAGGCUUCUGCACCUAAUCAUGUGUGCACAGAUUCUGAGUCUUGCAAGCGUCAAAUUAGUGAAGAUUAUGAGCAUGAGACACCACUUUGGAAGCUUACAUGUUAUGGUCAUUGCAAAUAUGGGCCUUGUGAUAUUAUUGGUGAUAUUAGCUGUGAAGAAUUACGAGCUGCUGCAUAUGAUGAUGCUAAACGUGGAAUGAACAUUCAAUCAGUUGUUGAGAAAGAGAGGAGUUUAGUGAAUUCCAAGUUGACUGAAUUCCAAAACCUACUUCGUAAUCCUUAUACACCUCCACAAAAUUCAACUCUUUCUACCCAAAACGUCUUUUCCGGAAAUACCCCUCAAACAAUUCAAAAUAAUACCCCUCCUUUGGUUUCAAGUUUCAGCCAAUUGGGUACAACUGUCAAUUCAGGCUUCCAAAUGAGACCAGCUGCUCCAAAUAAUAUUUUUGGGCAAGUUAGUCAUUUCCAACCUCCUACUCAGAUAUCAAACACACCCCAGAAGAACCCCUUUGCAUUUGGAAAUCCAGGUGCAGUGGUGGGUCCACCUUCUACACAGUCAUUUGCCACCACACCUACAUUUGGCAAUGCAUUAUCCUCUACUGCUACUACAGCUUCACCAAAUCUUAAUUUGCCACGUCAGCAAUCAUCUACUAUGCCAUUUGGUUUUGGCCAAAACCCUUCUCCUAAUUUACUUCCUGAACCACUUCUCACUCUUCAAAUUACACAAAACAUUCAAAUUUCAAAUGAUAAUGGAGAUAACAGUAUAUGGUUCAAAGAGGAAUGGAGGCCAGGAGAGAUUCCUGAGGAAGCACCUCCAGAAGGAGUCAUUUGUUAGGGUAAUCUAUCAGAUUCAGAUCAUCAUUUUUUUUUUGGGUGAGGACUUUUUUGGAAACCUAAUUUUUAUGAGACUUUGGGGUUUUGUUGUUGUAUACAAAAAGAAAAGAUGCUAUGCUAUUGAAAGUACAAAAAUAGAAAACAUAUUGUAGUUGGUGUCAUGAGGAUGUUAAGGCCAUAUUUGUUACUGGGACAGGAUUGGAGAGCUUAGAGAAGCUAUUUUUGAAGAUUAUUGGAGGUUAGGAGGGCAUUUAUGCCUUUUGUACAAAGAAGAGAUAUGGAUGAUUAGGUUAUGCAUUACAAAGAAGAGAUAUGAAUGAUUAAGUUACGCAUUACAAAGUAAA